AAUUCAUCCUGGCCGUCCAUCUUUCCCAAUCAAAUACUCCAUCCCCCACCCUCCAUUCUCUCAAACCCCCAACCUCUAUAUAUAUUCUUCUCACCCUCUUCAUUCUCCCCCAACCUUUUCAUUCUCCCGUUCUCCUUCCCCUUCACCUUCAGUUUCUUGGGCGCCUUUAGUUACCACAAGCAAAUUACAUGGUUGAUCUAGACGUCCAGAUUCCAAGCGCUUUCGAUCCCUUUGCUGACGCCAAAGACUCGGAUGCCCCCGGAACCAAAGAAUACGUCCAUAUAAGGGUCCAACAGAGGAAUGGAAAGAAGUGUCUAACAACUGUUCAAGGGCUUAAGAAAGAGUUCAGCUAUGAUAAGAUCCUCAAGGACCUGAAGAAGGACUUCUGUUGCAAUGGGAAUGUUGUGCAGGACAAAGAGUUGGGGAAGAUAAUCCAGCUCCAAGGCGAUCAGCGCAAGAACGUCUCUCACUUCCUUGUUCAGGCCGGGCUUGUCAAGAAGGAUCAAAUCAAGAUACAUGGUUUUUGAGCAGGAUCCUUAAAUAGGUCUGCUGUUUAUGCUGUUUGUGUGUGAAGUUUUUAAUCAAAUCUUCGUGUAGAGGAGAGAUUGAUGAAUGGUCUUUAGUGUUUGCUAAGUCUGUCUGUUUCUGUUAUGGUUUGUUUUUACAGUGCAUUGACACAAAGAGGAUUGCAAUGGAAUAUUAUGGCUUCGUUUUAUUAAUUAGUAAAAAGAAUGUUUACAAGAA